AUGGCAAAAGGAAGCAACUCCACAGAGCCGAUGAAUACGACCGUCUCUCUGGAGAUUAUGAGUAACCCUGAUUCACACAACAAAGGCAGCAAUACUGACUCGAGAGCUGUCCGUGCUGCUCGCCGUGCACUUGAUGCCGACUUUCAGCGACAGCAAGAGCUUGAUGAAGCAGAAGCUAUCACAGCAAAGCCUCGUGAAGCCAAGACUAGCUUGUACAACAACCCAAAUAAGUCGUGGAAGUCUGAGAGGCCGAAGAAACGAAAGGGCCAAGAUGAGAAUCUUCUGGUAGGUGGAGAAAAAGCUACGGAGGAUGAAGAUGAAGUGGUAGAGGCCCAGCCGGUGAAGCGCAAGAGAGGUCUGAGUCACUUAUGUUGA